AUGCUACGUUACCUGCUAAAGACGCUGCUGCAGAUGAACCUAUUCGCGGACUCCCUGGCUGGGGAUAUCUCCAAUUCAAGCGAGCUGCUCUUCGGUUUCAACUCCUCUCUGGUCGCGCUCAACCACAGCCUCCUUCCCCCCGGGGAUCCCCCUCUCAACGGGUCGCGAGGCGGACCGGAGGACGCAGUGCCACGCAUAGUGGAACAGCCGCCAGAUCUGUUGGUCUCCAGGGGUGAGCCUGCCACGCUGCCAUGCCGUGCCGAGGGCAGGCCCCGUCCAGAUAUUGAAUGGUACAAGGACGGUGCACGCGUGGCUACGGCCCGAGAGGAUCCUCGGGCUCACCGCCUGCUGUUACCCAGUGGCGCACUCUUCUUCCCUCGCAUCGUGCAUGGACGCCGAGCCCGUCCAGAUGAGGGUGUCUAUACUUGCGUGGCUCGCAACUACUUAGGGGUAGCGGCGAGUCGGAAUGCUUCCCUGGAGGUGGCGGUACUAAGGGAUGACUUCCGGCAGCCCCCAGUGGACGUGGUGGUGGCAGUGGGGGAACCUGCAGUUCUGGAGUGUGUGCCACCCAGGGGCCACCCAGAACCCUCUGUGUCCUGGAAGAAAGACAGUCUUCGGCUCAAGGAGCAGGAAGGACGAAUCACGAUUCGAGGUGGGAAACUAAUGAUGUCACACACACUCAAGAGUGAUGCUGGGAUGUAUGUAUGUGUGGCUUCCAAUGUGGCAGGUGAACGUGACAGUGGGGCAGCUGAACUUGUGGUUUUUGAGCGCCCCUCCUUCCUGCGCAGGCCUGUGAACCAGGUAGUCCUGGCUGAUGCCCCUGCUGACUUUCCAUGUGAGGUGCAGGGGGAUCCUCCGCCACAUCUGCGUUGGCGCAAGGAGGAGGGGGAGUUGCCCAUAGGCAGGUAUGAGAUCAGGAGUGACCACAGUCUUCGGAUCGGGAGAGUGAGUGCAGAAGAUGAGGGAACUUAUACCUGUGUGGCUGAGAACAGUGUGGGCCGAGCGGAGGCCUCUGGCUCUCUCAGUGUCCAUGUCCCACCCCAGCUAGUGACACAGCCACAGGACCAGAUAGCAGCUCCAGGAGAUACUGUGACUUUCCAGUGUGAGACAAAGGGGAAUCCUCCACCUGCUAUCUUCUGGCAAAAGGAAGGUAGUCAGAUUCUGCUAUUCCCUAGUCAACCCUCCCAGUCCACAGGGCGUUUCACUGUCUCCCCAAGUGGCCAACUCAACAUCACUGAAGUGCAGAGUGGAGAUGCUGGUUACUAUGUGUGCCAGGCAGUCAGUGUUGCUGGCAGCAUUCUGGCCAGGGCCUCACUGGAGGUGAAGGAUGUUUCCCUGGAUGUCUUUCCUCCAAUAAUCCUCCAUGGGCCAUUAAAUCAGACUCUGGCAUCGGGAUCCUCUGUGUGGUUACCAUGCAGAGUGACUGGGAACCCUCAGCCCAGUGUUCAGUGGUUGAAGGAUGGACAGGGGCUGGACAGUGGAGACCUGAGACUAAAUCUAUUGGCUAAUGGCACCUUGCAUAUCACCAACUUGCAGGAGGGUGAUUUGGGGCUCUACAGCUGUGUGGCCAAGAGUUCCAAAGGGCAGGCCAUAUGGAAUGGCUGGCUAAGGGUACAAGAUGGUGUUGUGGGGUCCACAGGGCUUCCUACUGAGCCCAGUGGUCCCCCUGGUUCUCCCUCUCAGCCAGUGGUUAUUGAAGUCACCAAGAACAGCAUCACCCUGACCUGGAAGCCCAGCCCACAGGCUGGAGGGUCACCAGUCACUUCUUAUGUGAUAGAGGCCUUCAGCCAGGCAUCUGGUAACACUUGGAGGACAGUAGCAGAUGGUGUACAGCUAGAGACACAUACCAUCACUGGUUUGCAGCCCAACACAAUCUACCUAUUCCUAGUUCGAGCAGCGGGGACUUGGGGUCUCAGUGAACCCAGUCCUGUCUCUGAGCCUGUUCAGACCCAGGCAGACAGCGGCCCCUCCAGGCCAGUUGAGGAUCCAUGGCAAGGGCAGCGAGGUCUGGCUGAUGUGGUUGUUCAACUGCAGGAGCCCCUGUUCCUUAGUCCCACAUCCCUGCAGGUGUCCUGGACUGUGGAUGGCCCAACUCAGUUGGUGUGGGGCUUCCGGGUGUUGUGGAGGGCAGUAGGCUCAAGUAGCUGGACAGUUCUGGACAUAGGAUCCUCAGGCCAGCGGAAUGCUGUGCUGAGAGAGCUGCCGGCAGGUGCACAGAUCCAAAUCAAGGUGCAGCCCUACAGCAGGGAGGGACCAGGGCCUGAGAGCACUGUUCUAACCAGGAGCACCCCUGAGGAGGCCCCCAGUGGGCCCCCCCAGGCAGUGACAGUGGCCCUGGGGGGUGAUGGCAACAGCAGCAUCACUGUUUCCUGGGAGCCUCCUAUCCCCACCCAGCAAAAUGGAAUCAUUCAGCAAUACCAGAUUUGGUGCCUGGGCAAUGAGAGCCGCUUCCACCUGAACCAAUCCGCUGCAGGCUGGGCACGGUCUGCAGUGUUGCGGGGACUACUCCCAGGCCUCCUUUACCAAACCCAAGUGGCUGCAGCCACCAGUGCUGGCAUGGGCGUCGCCAGCCCCCCUGUGUUGAUACAACUCCCGCUCCCGCGGAAUCCAGAGCCAGGGCCUGGGCUGGAGGUAGGUCCAGGGCUUGCAGAGCACCUGGCAAGUGUGCUUCGGGAGCCAGCCUUUAUAGCAGGUGGUGGAGCAGCCUGUGGGGCACUUCUCCUCGGACUCAGUGCCGCCGUGUAUCGGCGCCGUAGACAGCGCAAGGAGCUCAGCCACUACAAUGCCUCCUUUGCCUACACGCCAGCAGUCUCCUUCCCCCACAAUGAGGGCCUCUCCCGAGCCAGCUCCAGGCCUCCCAUGGGUCUUGGCCCAGCCCCAUACCCUUGGCUAGCAGACUCUUGGCCUCAUCCACCACGAAGUCCUACAGCUCAAGAACCCAGGGGAAGCUGCUGCCCUAGCAAUCCUGACCCAGAUGACAGAUACUACAAUGAGGCAGGGAUCUCCCUAUACCUGGCUCAGACAGCUCGGGGGGCCACAGCCCCAGGGGAAGGGCCCAUCUACAGCACCAUUGACCCAGCUGGUGAGGAGCUUCAAACCUUCCAUGGGGGCUUCCCCCCUCAGUCCCCUGAAGAUCCGGGGGCCUGGACCACCCAAUAUGCUCCACCAGAAUGGAGCCUGGAUGACAGUGGCCCCAGGGGCGGGAAAUUAAAGAUCCUGGGAAAGCCUGUACAGACCCCCUCUCUGAGCUGGCCUGAACCGUUGCCUCCACCACCCCCUUCCUGUGAGUUGAACUGCUUGGAGGGGGCUGAGGAAGAGCUCGAGGACAGUUCAGAACCUGAUGAGUGGUGCCCACCAUUGCCUGAAAGAAGCCAUCUGGAAGAGUCCAACCCAAGCAAAGGCUGCAUGGCCUCCCCCUCUCGUGGAAAUACUCCCUCUCCUACUCCUUCUUACGGAGAUCAAUCCACAGUGACCCUUACUCCCUCACCCCCUGAGCCGUCACAGGCCCCUGCUGAAAUUGUCUGUAUCCACCACACACCCAGUCGGGUGCCCACUGGAGCAAGUCCUCCUCUCAGCCUAUCCCAGUCCAGUUUGAGUGGCCUUGAAGGGGGACCUGUUAGCCUGAGUGCCAGCCCAAUGCCACCUCGACACCUCAGCCCUAGCCCCGUCCCUAGUACCACCAGCACCCCAGUUAGAGCCAGACUGGCACCUAGAGAGAUGACUUCCUCACCCCCAGGACCUCGUGCACGAACCCGGAAGAAAUCCAAAGCUGUUCCUUAUAGAAAGGACCGGAGUCCAGGAGAUUUGCCCCCUCCGCCCCUUCCUCCACCAGAAGAGGAGGCUAGCUGGGCCUUAGGGCUUCGAGCAAUAGGAAAUGUCUCCUCUCUGGAACGAGAGAGGAGAGGGGAGAAAAGAAUGGUUCGAGCUGUACCCCUAGGGGGUCAUCAUGCUCCUCCCCCUGAUGAGGAAACCUGGCUUCCAUAUAGCAGACCCAGCUUUUUGCCCCGGAGUCAAGGGGCAAGUGCCUGCUCCACUGCUGGCAGCAACUCCUCCAGAGGCUCCAGCAGUUCCCGGGGCUCCCGAGGUCCUGGUCGAAGCCGUCGCCCAAGGGGGGAGCAUCGAGAAGUGAAGGUGGGGCCAGAAAGAGGAGGAAAAGGCACAGGGGAGGUAAAUACUAAGAGGUGAUAGAGGUGAUGGAGAACAUGGGGAUAGGAGGAGGACAGAGAAGAAAGUGAAUAAUUAAUUGCAUGAGGAAGUAUAGAGAGAGGUUUUGAGAAGGAGAAAUGAGCUGCCAGAGGGUCUGUAGCUUCAGAUUUUUUUUUGUCGUCAUUCACCAUACUACCCCCCCAUC